AUAAAAGAUGUAGAUGAAGAUCUCCUUCUAGUUUAUGGUGGAGGAGCAGGUUGUUUUGCUACCGUUGCCCAGAAGCGGAGGCUCAGGCUAUUCGAUUAUUUUAACAGAUGUGAAAUACUCCACUGGAUAGCAUGUUUCUUCUAAAAUGUAAACCGGAUCGAAUCAGCAGUCCUUCUAGUAAAUCUAAGUACCUAAUAAAUUAUCAUUGCACUUUUUCCUUUUUUCGCCAAAAACGAGCUGUCUCAUGCGUCACCAGGAGUCUGCAGCGGGCACCACCGUGGUCCAAUUUUUAUUCUCUUCACUUGUCUCGUGGUCACAUCUAGGCCAAGCGUGUCCUUCCUGUAGAGCACUUGCUCUUGCGCGACUUCAUGAAGAAAAAAUAAAUAUAAGGUCUGGCUCCUGUAGUUACAAUACACAAACACAAGGACCCCUGCAUACUAAAAGAAGACUCUGUUUCUGAAUCCGAUAUUUAGAUAGAAGUUUUAGCAUAGAACAUAGAGCAUUAUGCUGAAGCUCUGUGUAGCGGUUACAACCAGCGUCCUGCCCCUCCAUGCGCUCGGGAUCGGCAGUACGGUAUCGACGAUUGAUGCGGCAAGAGGAACAAGAAAAACAAAAUCUGCUACCAAGAUCCUUGCUGCUCAGCGCGGAAGCACACCACUACCACACCGGGAAACGCAUAACGGUAAUGGAUCGACGCGCUCAAAAAACGCGCUGCCCAUCGGUCAGCAUCCGAGUAUGGUUCCUCAGGGUAGUACACGGAUCAUACCUCCGAACAGGCGAUCUAUUCGAGAGCAAGCACUGCGGUCCUUCGUGGUUGGGGCAGGAACAUCGGAGGACAAUGAAAAGCAACCGGAAAAAGCAGUGCCCGUCGUGCCCAUCGAGCACGAACAGCAACAUGACACGGUAGAACAGAGGCACGGCUUCAGUUCCGCCAGCAGAAAGAUUGAAAAGCGCAUCGCCGCGAAACAGGCGUGGACUGCACCAUUAGAAAACAAUAACAAUGCUUUACUUGGCCUUGACCACGAGUCCCAAAAAGAAUUAGAAAGCCAGAAAAUAAAUGUGACGCCUGGUGUCGGAACCAACGACGAUGUCGAUGUGGUCGCUGCGCGGGCGGCGCAACCGCAACCCAAUACCACCAGAAGUCUUCUCCGUUACGAUGCGCCUGUUUUUGUGCCAGCCAGCGCAUCUUCAGACAGCACAGAUUUAUAUUUUGCCGCCAUUUCCCCUCUUGCCGCGGGGCCAGCUCCCUGCAAUACCGAUUUUGCGACGGAGAGCACUGGCACUGCCUGCGGCAAGAAAUUGCAGGAUGUGAUUGGUAUGUUCCGCACCCCAGAUGCAGCUUCGUCCGUCCUGGAGCACCACGACGUCGAGGUGCACGACCAGAAAAAUGUGCUGAAUACACCAACUGCAAAGAGUAGACCGCCCGCGCAAAAGCUAUGGAAUGAUCACGCAGGACUAUCAUACGCCGAUGUAGUAGCAUCUGGCUGCGCGCGCGCGCAACUGGCGACGUACCAAAACUGUGGCGGUGUAGAAUCAGGUGUGGGAGAUGACCCUCUGGUCUGCAGCACGGAUUCUGCCUCCGUUCCCAAAGAAGACAAGAAGUUCAGUGAGUACCACGUCCAAGUGCCGGACUUUCAUCUCGUCCAGCAGCGCGCAAAGUUGAAUGCCAAAGCAACUCCGUAUGUCCCAGAAUCCGUUUGGAGGCAAAGUGCGGAACUGGGAAAAACCGGAAGACUACCUUACGAACUUUGAAGAACUGCUUUCCCAUGACAAAGCCUCGAUGGCAGAACUAGAAAAAAAUCCUGAUGAACAAACAGAAGUAUCAUGGAAUAUCACGUCGAAGAGAAACAACACCAGUAGCAGCAUCAACUAGGGUUGUCGUUGUUCAUCGCACCUUUGCAUUCACAUGCCCGCCGCCCUAAAAGCUUAAGAGGGCUGCUCUUCGAAACGUCGCUGCUAAUACCUCCGUUUAGUUACUUCCCCUUAGUGAGAAAUCCAGGAGGUGGCUCUCGACGCACCAGCAACAUUUUUGCAGGUCCGAGAUGUAAAGACAAACAUAAUUCUACGUAAUCGCCGCCCUACAUUGAAAUGAUGCUGCCCUCGAGGGAAUGUUAUCUUCAUGAUUUAUGUAUACUUAUUGGGAGAGCUUUUUUUCAUGCAAUGCUUGGCCAGGAUUGUAUUUGGGCGGCGGGGAGACAGCAGAGUUGCCAUUGAUGGAGCAUGAAAGAGAAAAGCAAGUGGCAACACAGAGAAUGAUGUUGCACGGCCUCCAGAAGAAACCUACUGCUCACGUUGUCGCCGCACACGAUGAAGCAGAUGAUCCACUUUUAGGAGUGCCGUGGCCUGAACGCCAGUUUUUUUCCAAGCCCGGGGACGUCGGUCCCGCUACUGGAACGACUCGGGCCGAGCAACAGGUCCUGCAGGAGGACGCACAGCCUCAACUGUCUGGGAAGGUUCGCAGUCUGUCGUCCGCUUCCACUUGUUCUGCGCCGUCACCCAUGCGCCCUGCGAUAUUGUGUUGAAAGCAGUCCUUUGCUCUCCGAACGAAAAAACGACGAGCCUGAACAAAAACGCAAAGAUGAUGAACACCAAGAUUCUUACUGCAGCCGGGAUCGGAAUGCAGCUAGGCAUGCGGCAAGGAGAAAGUCCAUCAGAUCCAGAUUUUGAUUUAAAGUUGAAAUUGAAAAGUAGGAGAUGAAUGAUAAGUAUGGAGCGAAAAUACUUGUUGCAUGACAUUGAUGUGGCAGGUAGCACGGUUGCAGAUUAUCCUGUGAGCAGCAGCACAGCUCAUUUAUAUCGCCGCUUUGACAAUGGCCGGAGGUUGAGGGCUCUUUUCAAAACGAUAAACAACUCGCCCGCUCUUGUCCCGGCAGCCAAGCGGAUCGAGCAGCGCCAGUGAGCACGGCGAUGCAGUGGGUGUCCACCCUGAGUCUCACGGCAUUUCAGCAGAAUCUGCGUCUUCACCGUCAUCCCACUCAUCGCGGCGUGGUAAAGCUACAAAGGUGUUCUUCGGAUCAGUGCAGAACUCAGAUCGUGGCUGUACGAACAGGGUCGAUGAUGAAAAAAACUGCCCUCCGUUUCCUGACAUUUUGAAGGUGCUAGAGAGCGACGACGAUCUGGACUGAUAAAUAGGGACUGAUGACAAUUGUCUGCCCUCGUCCACUUCUUACGCUUUCCGUUGGUCAUAACAAGGUAGCAUCAUACAUGGUUGCAAGUGCAUGAAAGAACAACCCAUGAAUCCGAAGAAGAGGCUUCUACUGCUCGUCGGAAACGGACGAUUUUUCUUUGUGCAUUCUUGUUCUUGGCACUAGCUAGGAGACAGAGAAAUACAAAUAGAUACUUACGAAGUAACGCUGCACACAAAUGCUUCAUGUUUUGUAAACAUGCAUGAAUAUUAUUGAAGAUGGGGAUGAACGAAGAACAACAUGAAGAACAUCGUAAAUCUGCUUGUAAAGAGAAAGAUGAAGUGCGCCUCGUGGUCAUCGCCUCGAAACAAGUUGCGCAAAUUUCCGAGCGCAUUGCGUCCGUCUUGCGCAGGAAAGGUAAACUCUUUUGCUUUACACGUAUGAAGAUGAAAAUGCCUGCAAACUUCUGGAGAUUUCGAUACAAGAUACUGGUAAAGAAAAAUAUCGAAACCGGUCGCACUGAUUUGGAGCGCUUGACAAGCGCCGCUUGUAGUUCAGC